AACAUUGUAAUCACCUUUCCUUAAACGCUAUUAACCAGCAGCAUCGCUAUGUACACCACCGCAUUCCUCCGAAGCACUGUCACCGGUCUCCGACCAGCUCUUCACCGUCCGGCCAGCGUUGUCGACUCUUCCCAGACCCUCCUCACUUCCAGCCGCCUUGGACGUGUUGCAAAGAGAUUCAAUUCAUCUGGCCCCAGGACAGACAAGCCUAAACUUGUAUUCCGAUUUGGUCUUCGCGAUAUCCCCGUCGAGCUUUAUCCUAUUCUUUUUGUCACUGGCGCCGCUUGUGUGGGGGGUGGCGUUGCACUGGGUAGACAGCUCUAUUUAGGUGACCUGCGAUUCAAACCAACUGGCCCUGCCUCUGCCCAAGGGCAACAGUGAACAUCAGACUGAACGGAGCAGCGUCGAAUAAGCGUUUGAUGUUGCUUGCGUUGGAAAAGGUAGAAGAUUGUAACAAUGAUCAAGAACAGUUGUUUUUAAGUGAAUUUUGUCAGAAUGAACUUCGAUGAUCCAGGGGCUGUAAAUGUGACACGAUUAAUCCACGAUC